AUGUUGCUCCCGUCUUGGAGGUUUCUUCCCCAUCCAAAGGAGACUAUUGCAGUGAUGUUGAUUUCCAUUAUCGCUGGGACAACCAACAACGGAGGCAUCCAUCCACUUACCGCGGAUCAUUUUUUGGCCUCGGAAUUCCCCGUAGUUUUCAUGAAACAAAUCUCCGUUAAUUGGGCCUUCGUCAUUUCUGCGGUUUUUGGUCGCCUAGCGCGAUCGUUUAUGAUUGGCUGGCGUCGGUCCCGAACGUUCAUGGGUAUUCUAUACUAUAUGCCGUUGAAUACGGACAUUAGAUGCCACAACACGUUCCCAAAAUCUGUGGGAUUCUACUCGACUCCUACAGACUUGGAGGGUACAUCAGAUGCGAAGGAACGCCUUCCAAAACCAAAGCUCUGGGAGUUGAACUCGGCUCCUGCACACUUGGAAGAUGUUCACGACAGCCUAUUCCAAUAG